AUGUCAAAGUUAUUGAAAUUGGUUAUUGUAGGUGAUGGUGGUGUAGGUAAAUCUGCAUUGACCAUUCAAUUGACACAGAAUCAAUUCAUUGCAGAAUACGAUCCAACUAUAGAGAAUUCAUAUCGUAAACAAGUUAUUAUCGAUGAAGAAGUAUAUAUGUUGGAUAUUUUAGAUACUGCUGGUCAGGAAGAAUACUCUGCAAUGAGAGAUCAAUAUAUUAGAUCGGGACGUGGAUUCCUCAUUGUAUACAGUAUAGGAUCGAGACCAUCGUUCGAAGCGGUCACUUCUUUCAGAGAUCAGAUCUUGCGUGUCAAGGAUCUCUCAACAUACCCAAUGGUCAUCGUCGGAAACAAGGUCGAUUUGCCCGAGAAGGAGCGUAAGGUUUCCAACCUCGAAGGUAAAGAGCUAUCAAAGAGCUUCGGUGCUCCAUUUUUAGAGAGCAGUGCCAAGUCUCGUGUCAACGUAGAGGAGGCAUUCUUUACUUUAGUACGUGAAAUUAAGAAGUGGUCUACCAACCCAGAGAAUGAAGAGGCUGCACCACCCAAAAAGAAAUCAUGUAUCAUUCUUUAA